AUGGACUGCAGCCAAGCUUUGAGUUCAGGACGUCCCCAUGUGGAAAAUACUUUGCUCUAUAGAUCCGAGCUAUUAGAGAAUGGGGAUUUGAGAGCAAUCGCCACCCUUGCUUUGUGGUCACUUAUUGCUGGUCGACUUCCAGGUAGAACAGCUAAUGAUGUGAAGAAUUAUUGGAAUACACACCUGCGCCGCAAGAAGGUAAUUUCCCGUACAAACGAUGCGGAAGAAAAGGCACAAGAUAUAGUGAAAGUGAAUGUAAUAAAACCACAACCCAGAACCUUGUCAAAAAAUUUAACAUUGGCAGGUGGGAAACCUAUAAUUGCAGAAAGGUUACAACUGAACGAAAAUGUUAAAAAUGUAUCUCCAACAUUAAAGCCCUCAGAGAACAAAAUAAAUUGGUGGGAAAACUUGUUAAAGGGCGAGAAAGGUGAUGAGAGACUACCAGUCUCCCUAAGUUGUGGUUUAGAGUCGGAGCCCAAGCCAAACCUUUGGGCUGAGAAAAUAAUACCAGAGGUAAUAGUGGGGGACGCUUGUGACGAUGAUGGCAUAAACUUUUGGGGUGACUCCAGUUUUGACAUAGACCUGUGGGACUUUCUCAAUGCAGGAUAG